GGAGGAGGAGGAGGAAUAGCGAAUAAGAAAAGGGAGAAGAAGUCGUUUUCUUCUCCCACUUCUCCUCCUCUCUGCCCUCUCUCCUCUCUCCUCUCUGCAAAGAAGGGAUAACUUUCCUAUCUUUUCGAGGAAUUCGACAUCGAGCGAGCUCUGCCGCCUAAUCUGCGGAUAAAUUUUGCAUCUUUUCGGGGUUCGGUGCGUUAUUUUCGGUGAUGGGAUUCGAAGGGGGGAGCGGGAAGGAGGGAGGGGGAGCUGGGGCGGGGUUCCGGUUCCUGACGAGGAGGAAGCAGGUGGAUUCGGAUCGGGUCAGGAACCGCGGAGGGUAUUACCAGCUCGCCAAGGCGUUGUCAGUACCCGAGCUCGUUGCGAUUGGUGUUGGUGCGACAAUAGGUGCUGGAGUCUAUGUUCUUGUUGGAACUGUUGCCAGAGAACAUGCUGGACCAGCUUUGGCCAUUUCUUUUCUGAUAGCUGGGAUAGCAGCUGCUCUUUCUGCUUUCUGCUAUGCGGAGCUUGCGAGUCGCUGCCCUUCUGCAGGGAGUGCCUAUCACUAUUCAUACAUCUGUGUUGGGGAAGGUGUUGCUUGGUUGAUUGGUUGGGCUCUUAUUCUGGAAUAUACGAUUGGUGGAGCAGCUGUUGCACGUGGCAUAUCCCCAAAUUUGGCCUUGUUUUUCGGAGGACAAGAUAGUCUGCCUUCAUUUUUAGCACGUGCUCACAUUCCAGGCACUGAUAUUGUUGUUGAUCCAUGUGCUGCAGUUCUUGUUUUGAUUGUUAUUGGAUUACUAUGCUUGGGAAUUAAGAAGAGCUCAUUUGUACAAGCAAUUGUCACAGCUGCAAAUGUCUGUGUGUUGUUAUUUGUCAUUAUUGCUGGUGGGUAUAUUGGCUUUCGGACUGGAUGGGUUGGAUAUACUGUUAAUGACGGAUAUUUUCCUUAUGGAGUAAAUGGAGUGCUUGCUGGUUCAGCAACUGUCUUCUUUUCAUACAUAGGUUUUGAUUCUGUUGCCAGCACUGCUGAGGAAGUUAAGAACCCUCGAAGAGAUUUGCCAUUGGGAAUAGCAACUUCAGUGUCCAUAUGUUGCUUACUCUAUAUGAUGGUUUCUGUUGUCAUUGUUGGUUUGGUGCCAUAUUUUGCCAUGGACCCCGACACCCCAAUCGCAUCUGUGUUUGCAAGGAAUGAUAUGCAGUGGGCAGUGUAUGUUAUCACAUCUGGUGCUGUUCUUGCACUUUGCUCAGCUUUGAUGGGCUCGCUUCUCCCACAGCCAAGAAUACUGAUGGCGAUGGCUAGAGACGGCUUGUUGCCAUCUUUCUUCUCAGAUGUUAACAAGCGUACUCAAGUUCCGGUUAAGAGCACAAUUCUAACUGGGAUUUUUGCAGCUUCCCUAGCCUUCUUCAUGGAUGUAUCACAACUGGCAGGAAUGGUCAGUGUUGGCACACUUCUAGCAUUCACCAUCGUUGCAGUUUCAAUCUUGAUAUUGAGAUACGUUCCUCCGGAUGAAGUACCUCUGCCGUCAUCUCUUAGGGAAUCAAUUGAUUCGGUUUCAUUUCGCUAUAGUGUUCGACAGAACAAUGCAGAAAAGACAGAUCCUAUUGGAAUUAAGAACAGUGACCAAAACCAACGUGAUGUCUCAUCUGAAGCAAUAAUUAAGGAAUCAGCUGAGGAUCCUCUCAUGGUGAAGGACAAUAAUCAAGAUGAUUCCGAUGAACAAACUCGGCGACGAAAAGCAGCUUGGAGCAUAGCAUCCAUUUGUGUUGGAGUUCUCUUCCUCACAACAUCAGCUUCUUACUCUUUCGUGCCUGUCUUUGUCCGCUACUUGGCUUGCUCUAUUGGAGGCUUACUUGUGCUGGGUGGUCUAGUUGUUCUCUCCUGGAUCGAUCAAGACGAUGGUCGUCAUAAAUUUGGACAUGCCGGAGGUUUUAUUUGCCCCUUUGUUCCAUUUCUUCCUGUUUGCUGCAUCCUCGUUAACUCAUAUCUGCUGGUAAAUCUUGGUGCUGGCACCUGGCUACGUGUUUCUUCAUGGCUAUUGGUCGGGGUCUUGGUGUACUUGUUCUACGGACGAAGCCACAGCUCGCUGACUGACGUCGUAUACGUGCCGGCAGCACAUGUGGAUGAAAUAUACAAGACUUCAGAAAAUGUCGUUUAGAACUCAUCACAACCUUGUAUUAUAUCUUAUUCAUUAACGUUAUCAUGUCGAUUAGCAUUGUGGUUUGGUCAUCAAGGAUUCAUUUCAUCCCUGCAUGUUUAUGUAAUACGACCAUCUAAAACAAGCAUUGCUGCUUACCUCCUACAGGAGGAAUGCAAAUGGUUAGAAUAAAUGAUUGUAUCAGAUGAA